AUGACCGCUGAUAUACCGUACUAUGAGUCAAAUAACGAUAAAAACGUGCUACGUCUGUUUGUCAUUAGACAUGGUCAAACUGAAGAAAAUUUGAAGAAGAUAUUGCAAGGUCAUAUGGACACCGAGCUGAACGAAACAGGACAGGAUCAAGCAUCCAAACUGGGGGAAUAUUUGGCUAAUGAUAGACAUUUGAAAUUUGAUAAAAUAUACAGUAGUGAUUUGAAACGUUGCCAACAAACCAUCAACACAGCUCUUGAACAUUUCAACACCCCAACUAAAUUGGUUACUACUGAUAAACUUAGAGAAAGAUGCAUGGGGGUUAUAGAAGGAAUGUACCUCAAGGACGCUGAAGAAUAUGCUGAUUCGAUGGGAAAACCAACUUUUAGAGACUUCGGUGAACCAGCGGAGGAGUUCCAGCAAAGGUUAUCUAAUGUAUUAGAAAACAUUGUAAGUGAAAAUAAAUCGAGCAAAAAUAUUGGUAUAGUCAGUCAUGGUGGCAGCAUUAGACAACUAUUAAAGCUACUCGAUUAUAAGGAGCUCAAUGUCCAUAAAAUCAUUGUUUUCAAUACCUCCGUCACGAUUAUUGACUACAUCAAGAAUGAAAAAGCAUAUGUGGUAAGACGAGUCGGUAAUACCCAGCAUUUGGGAUCCGGAGAGUUUAUCGUCAGCGACUUACAGCUAAGAUAA